GAGAAGAUGAUUAUAUGUGAAUGAGUAUCAGGAUUACGACAUAGACAAUAAUUUUUCAGGAAGUUGACAAACAUUUUUCAGUAAGUUAAGUUCACUAGAGCUCAUAGUUAACAUCAGAUGAGAAGCAGUCAUGGUCUUGAGAGGUUUACACAGAGCUGCUCAUGGACAGAUGGGUUUACUGAGGAACCGCUGGAGAACAUUAAGAUCUCUUCAUCACUGCUCAGCUUUAGUCUACAGAGAACAUUCACCAGAUGUCAACACUGUCAGAAUGGAGCAGUUGAUGUUGCCUCCGGUCAGAGGUCAUGAUGUGAGGGUGAAGAUGCUGGCGGCUCCAGUGAAUCCUGCAGACAUCAACAUGAUCCAGGGCAGGUACCCAGUCCUGUGUCCCCUCCCUGCUGUGGGAGGAAAUGAGGGCGUGGCUGAAGUGAUGGAGGUGGGCAGUGAUGUCACACAUUUGAGACCUGGUGAUUGGGUCGUGCCCAUAGAUGCAGGCUUUGGUACAUGGAGGACAGGUGCUGUGUGUAAGCAACAUGAUCUGAUCUCUGUUCCUCAAGACAUCUCUUUACUUGGAGCUGCUACUGUCUUUGUGAAUCCCUGCACUGCGUACAGAAUGCUGCUGGACUUUCAAACGCUCACUCGCGGGUGCACAGUUCUUCAGAACGGAUCGAACAGCGCCGUUGGACGAGCUGUCAUUCAGAUCUCAGCUGCUCUGGGUCUUAAAACUAUCAACAUGAUUAGAGACAGACCAAACUGUGCCGAUCUGAGCCAGGAACUUCGGUCAUUGGGAGGUGAUUAUGUCAUCACAGAAGAGGAAGUGAUGUCGUCAGGUCUACAUGAGGUCUUUAAGGAGGUUCCUAAACCUAAACUCGGUCUGAACUGUGUCGGAGGUUUAAGUGGAGGACUUGUGUUGUCUAAUCUUGAUCAUCACGGCACAAUGGUCACUUAUGGAGGAAUGUCCAGAAAACCUCUCCAGAUACCUGCUAAGUCUUUGAUAUUCCAGAAUGUCACUUUGAAAGGUUUCUGGCUCACUCAGUGGAAGAGACACCACCGAAAAGAUGAAGUUCAGCUGAAGCUCAUGUUAGAUUCUGUGUGUGACCUUAUAAGAGACGGACGGCUUUCUCCACCACGAUGUGUCCAGACUCCAUUUCAUCAGUACACAAAUGCACUGCAAGCUACUAUACAAUCACAUCAGUGCAAACAUGUUCUUAUCAUGUAGACGUACACUACACUGUUUGUGUAGUUUCUAAUGCUCUUCAGACCCUCUGAUACAGUACAUGCAUGUGUACAGAGGCGUAUACCCAUUGAAAAUGAUUUUUGAUCCUAGUGGAUUUUGCAUACAACGUUAAAAACAUUUAAGCAUCUUUUCAUCUGUUACUUUGUUUUAGGGGCAAAAUAUGAUCAGUUCUUCGCUGUUUUGAUCACUUGCUUCAUUCUGGAUGCAAUUAAUAAAUAAUAAAUUAUACAAAUCUAAAUGAAACAGUGCUGGCGCCAUCAUUGUGCAUGGUUGCGGAUUAACUGUGUACAGAGAUAAUAGUUCAAAGUCCAUUUCUUGUUCAUAUCUAGAUUCCCCACUAAAGGGGGCAUGGGAUCAUUUUGUGAUCUGACUCUAAGGUCAAAUGUGAUGAAAAUUGUGUUCCUAUAAUAAUUGUAUAUGUUGGUAACACUUUACAACAAGGUUGUAUUUCUAAACAACUACAGUAGUUAAUGCAUUAGCUAAAAUGAACUAUCAAUCUUAGUUUAUGUUUAUUUCGGCAUUUACUAAUACAUUUCUAAAAUAAGUGUUAAGUUCAAGUUGACUUUAUUUAUAUAGCACCUUUCUUAACAGCCACAGGGCUGACCAAAGUGCUUAACAGUGCAUCUAACAUUUCACACACAAAAAAUACACACAUACACAGUUCAAUACAUUCACAGCUAAAAUAAAAAUUCUAUAAGAAAGAUUAAAAUAUAAAAUAAAAUAUGAAAAAAAUAAUAAUUCAUAUAAAUGUAUUUCUUCAUUGAGCACAUAUGAACCCCUGGGCAAUCAUGAGAAGGCUUGAGAAAACAAGAGGGUCUUUAACAAUGACUUAAAACUAGAGAUGGAAGGUGCCGUCCUAAUUUCUAAAGGCAGAGCGUUCCAUAAAUGAGGACCGGCUACAGGAAAAGCACGCUCUCCUCUGCUUGAGUCGUACACGUUAACUGUUAACAUUAAUUAAUGCAUUGUGAACUAGCAUGAAUAACUGUGUUUGAUAUUAACAAAAAUGAAUACAUUUUGAAAAAACUAUAUUGUUCACUGUUUGUUCGUGUUAGUUAAUGUAUUUACCAAUGUUUAGUAAUACAACUUUAUUGUAAAGUAUUACCAAUAGCUCUGUUUAUAGGCUUGUUUUUAAAAAUGAUGUGCUUUCAAUGCAAUUAAAUAAAUAAAUAAUAAAAAUAUAUUUAGAUCUUAUUACAUUGCAUCAAAGCAUUUUUUUUAUUCCCUGUUUUUGG